UUACAACGCGGUGUUGGAGUUACAUUUCUCUGACCUCGGAAGCAAAGGAAAACACGACGAGUCGGUAACAGAAUUUGGAUAAUUUCUCAAAUGAGCUUUCUGUUGAAAAUGAACAGAUGAUUUUACCAUGAGCAGUCAGAGCAGCGGUGAUCAACCAGAUGAUACAGAAAAUUUAGCCCGCGCAGUAACAUUGUCAUCGCAAACCCAUGUACACCACAGGUCACUGGCGAACCUUACUCAAGGACCAACCGCUUAUCAGGGUGCAUUAUCCAAGUCCACCUUGCCCAGACGAAUGUUGACCGGAGGGCCCAGUGCGUCGCCUCCUGCUCAUCCCUCACAGUUACCCACCAUAUUACCAACAGGCAUACAGAUUGGCAUUUCAAUGGAUGCCAGCAAGUCCUUGACAACCACAGCCUCCCUUGUGGCAGUGCCACCCCCAGCCAUUGUGAGUGUUGGUAUGGCCACACCAAGCAUUGUACAAAUCAAUGCCACUUCUUCCUCAUCUCUUCUCAGCCAGGCCCUUCCUCUAACGGGCAAUAUCAGGGGGGCAUCUCAACACCAGAAUCCAGCCUUCCAGACGCAUCUUCCCAGAGGCGCAGCGACUGCAGCCUCUGUCUUAGCCUGUCCCAAGUCUGUGAUGACAGCAAUGCCAGUAUUACGGCACAGUGCGGCUGCAAUCCACAUCCCGGGGACCACACCUCAUGUAGGCCACACCCUCACAGCGCCCAGAAGCCAAUUAAUCGCAUCAAAUAUCCGACCAACGACGCCCCCUCAAACUCACUCCCCGGCACCCACAGUCAGCCUGGCAGGGGUGGCUACAUCAGAAACACACAGGGUUGGUAUAUCUGUCCAAGCAUCCGGGGCAUCAACCUCUGCCUCCAGCAUACACAUAAAGCUUCAGUCGCCAUGCACCACUGCGGAGCCUCUCACGAAACAGGUCCUGCCUCAGUCAGCAAAGCAGAUCCAUGUCGCUCAGAACCUAAGCUCCGUCCCUAAAGUCCUUGUGUCUCAGGCGGCUGUCACCCCCAUAAUACAGCAUUCUCUCAAGGCCGCGGCACCCAAACAAAACAAAGCUGCAGUACCAGCAGUUGUGGCAGCGUCUUUAUCCUCAACAGGAAUCUCCCCCUUGUCCAUCCCCUCUGUUACCCCGGUGACGGCACCAUCCGCAGCCACUUCUAUCCCUAUAGCCAAAGUUCCCCCUGUGAGACAACCGACGGCCCCAGCCAGUUUAGCAGGAAUCACGCGAAUGUCUAUACCUCAGGACACCGGCAGUUCAACAGCAAGUCAGCAGCAUACCAAACAGACACUCAGUUUACCCCAGGGACAACCUCUCACCCCACAGACACAGCCCCACCCCCAGGGCCAAACUCAUCCUCCGCAUACACAGCCCCACCCCCAGGGACAGACCACCAGUUUUGUCCCCCAGGCACACCGGCCAGCAAAUAUCGCCUUAAGUCACCUGCCCAACCCAGUGACACACACAGACAUUCGGCAAGAAAGACCUGCUGGGAUCACACAGCUGCCCCAGUAUCCGAUGACGUUGCUAUCAGAGUACCAACAAAUUAUGUAUCACCAGCUGGCCUCUCAGAUACGACCCAAUCCAACAGGAUUGUUGCCAGCUGCCGGACCACAUGGGCUGUCCGUCUCAUCUGCCCCGACAGUCAAGUUCAGCCCAGUGACAGUGAUGGGCGACCCCCUCAGACUACAGACACUCUCUGUUCAGACGCCCUUCUCUAGUGCUGCCUUGUCGUCCGUGUCGGACAGUGGUGUGAGGUCAUCGACGCCAAAUGAUUCAUUAAGUGGAAUAUCCUGUGCUGUGUCUACUGCUUCCAUUCCGGUCCCGGCCCUUUCUGCGAUUGCCUUGGCCACUUCAUCAGCUGUUUCUAUAGCCCCGACCCUGUACUCCGUGACCCAGGGGACACCUCAUCCAGGCUCCUUGACCCCCCAGCACUCAUCUGUUACAUCACAGGGCGCAACUACCCCAGUCAGUCAGCCGAAUGCCUCACCACGCCCCAGCAUACUCAGAAAACGUACUAAUGAAGGAAAUGCCCCGGUCAAGAAGCCUGUUUGUGGUCUUAAUACCAUGCCAGACACACACAGUCCAAGGCCAGACUCGAGGACUGACUCGGCUCCCCAGUCCAACACCAGUUCUCCAAAGACCCCUGCCACUCCUGCUGGUGAGAGCCAGUCAUCCACAGACACAGCUCUGUCAAGUGAAGCUACCACUCCUACUCACAACUCUCUGGGAGAUCUAAAAAUAAAACAGGAGCCUCUCGACGCUGUGGAAAAUGGGUUCCCGACUGCUGGAGCUAUCGCAGCAUCCCUGUCCGCCUCUCUACCCAAUUCUGUGGAAGCUUCACCUAGAAAGAAACCCAGGAAACAGUUACUGCAUGCCAACGAAGAGCUCCGUGAUAACUCCUCAACAGACGAGGAUGUAGAGAAAGUAGAAGAGAUCAAAGAGGAAGUAUCAAACCCAGUGAAGAACGAAAUGAAGGAUGUUUCUGUUUCAGAAUAUGUUGAUGACGAAGGUGUGCGAUGGACCAUUGAGAAAACUAAACCAUCCUUAUCUCUACUUAACUUUUAUAAUAUUUCCUGGAAACCCAAAAAUAACCAUUUCAACAGAUAUACAGAUGUAAAACCUAAAGAUGAGCGACGCCCCACGGUGAAUGAAUUGUCCAAUCAGAGAGGAGUGAUGCAGAAAGCCAGCGGCUGGAAGCUGUUCCAUGUAGCGGCCCAGCUGGAUGAUCUAACGGAGCUUGAGAGAACAUUGAACAGUAAGGUGCUAACCUUACAGUCAUCUCUGGCCCCACAACCAACUUCUCGUCACAGUCUGAUGGAGGACGACCUCGGCCUUCUUCACGAACUUACACAGGGUAACAUUCAACGUUCAAGACUAAUAUCCGACCAGCUGGAGGAAGCAAAAUCUAACAUGUUCAAAGUGCUGGACCACAAAACCAAAAUUACAGAGAUUAUUAACAAACACAUGAGCAAGAGACCUAUCAAGAAAAAGGAGAGAACGUAGCAGGAUGAUUGAGAUGUUUUAAGGACGAAUAAUUGUGUUCAAUACUAGGAAGCAUAGGGCAAUCACUGUGACCUUUCGGUAAUGGAAAGGGAGAACAUCAUUGUGAGAUGAGGUAAAGAGUUUCCAGGAAGGACAGAGUGUGAAGUCUAUUUUAUGGAAAUCCAAAUUGAGGAACACUGCCAGACGUACCUUGCUAAUGGAGGGACAGGAAACAUCAGGGGUUGUGUGGGAAGGUGUUUUAUUCUGUGAAAGGGGACGGCAGGAAACCUUUUUCUGUAGAUGAUGAUGGCCUUGAGUAAAAAAUGGAAGGUUAACAUACAGAGGGAAGGAAUCAACUGUGCGAGCUAUUUAAGAAUGGAAAACCACAAUCAAGGGCAAAGUCUGAAAUGCCUUGUUAAUGGAUGGACAGGAAACAUCGGGGGUGGUGUGGAAAGGCAAAUAUGCUCUAUAGAUGAAUGCAUGAAUGUAAAAGUGUAUGGUAGGUCUAGAGAACAUCAGGGGUCGUGUGGAAAGGCAAAUAGGCUCUUUUAAGUGGAUCUACUUAGAUGACACUCUGAUGAACUGUGAAAGUAUAUCAGAAAAUUUGAAGCAGCUAUAUCAUUGAAAGAAGUUAUCUUGCAAUGUGAAUAUUAGUAAAAUGAUUUUAAGUUUAUUUUAUACAAAUAAUGAGGUUUUGAUGUGGAAGUAUUGAAUGUUAAGGUGCUUAACUAGUAGAGGAAAGUCUGACCUUGUUGAAUUAUAUAAUGAAAUUUUGUUGAGUGCUAUGAUCAGGAAUGAGGCAAAAUGUUAAAAGUAUAGAAAAUGGCAGUGAUGUCUAAUGAUGAAGAAAACCAAACGGACUGUUCUGAAAUAUGUAGGAGGAAAAGUUAUAUACAUUGUAUGUAUAACACGGAAAUAGAGAAAAGAAAUAUAACAGUUUUUAUGGAUGGAAACAUUUUUUUACAAAUCGUUAGCGGUAUAAUAUGAAUUGUUUGUAUGUAAUUCUACAAAAUUACAGCAGUUUGUCUUAAUUUACAUACCAAAUACAGUACACACCUGUGCUACCAAAUGAACUUUACCAUAAACAAAGGUUGGAAGAGUCCAAUUUGGGGAGGAAGGUGUGAUAGGUUGUGAGAAAGUUUCGUAUUUAAUGAAGAUUGCAAGAAUUUAAAGAAUGACUAAUUCACAGUUGAGUGAAGACUAAGCAAUCAAGUCAUUGAUAAAGGGAUACUUUCUCCAGAUAUAAAUGUGUUGAUGAAUUUAUAUAUGUAUUAAAUAUUUGAGAAUGAGUCCUCAUUAAUAAUAAAUAUAGAAAUACAAAUUUA